AUGCUAAGAACGUUAAACAGUAACACAAUAGACUGGAUGCUACCAACUGGUGAUAUUAAGGCGGCUUUCAAUGAUAUACCGACUGGACAUACACCAACUUAUACAACCGAUGAUAGUUAUAGAGAUUUUUCUAAAUGGGAAAACUUAAAUACUCCAACACCACUUGACAAAGAAUCUGACAACUACUUCAUAUAUCCACCGAACCCAGUAAUAAAAGUUGAGCCAAGUGAAGAUGAACAGAUUAUUCAAAACAGAGAUAAUUCACAAUUACUUGAAGUACAAUAUUUAAAACCGUUGACUACCAAUAGAAAUGAUCAAACAGUUACUCAACCUCAAAUUCAGUCUCCUUUGGUUUAUUUGAAUUUAGAAUCACAUCCUAAUCCACCUAAUACUGAAGAAAUGAAAUUAGAAAUAUUAAAUGAAACAGUAUCAUUGGAAUCCCACAUGACUCCAGUUAAAAAUUAUAACUCAGAUACUAUAUUUAAUCACUGGUCAACAGAUUCUUUAUUACACUCGACAAAAUUUAACACUGAUACUGUCUCCUCGAAUUAUAGAGGCUUAUAUGAUAAUGCAUAUACCAUAUCGGAAAAUCAUACACCAUGGUCUACAUAUCAAACCAAUGAUAUUGUUAUCAUUCCAAAUAUCAAUGGUAAUAGUAAUAAUAAUGGAAUUAUCAGUGAUCAGCGAAGCUAUGUAACUCCAGAAAGUGUUCCCACUUGUUCUACAUGCUCUGUAUCAAAUAAAGCAAUAGAUAAUAAAUUUGAUUUUAAUCAAUGUAAAAGUGAAUAUUGUUACAAAACCAUACAGACUGAAUCAAAAUCUAUUCAUAAUAAAUGUCAAAAAUUAUCUGACCAACAAAAACCAUUCAUAUGUGGUAUAUCAAGUUGUAAUAAGCGUUUUGUUCGAAUUGACGAACUUAAACGUCAUCAACGUACACAUAGUGGAAUUAAACAGUUUAUAUGUGAUAUUUGUGAAAAAGGAUUUACGCGAAGUGAUCAUUUGAUGACACAUCGUCGUACACAUACAGGUGAACGACCAUAUGAAUGUAAAAUAUGUGACAGACGAUUUGCACGUUCCGAUGAACGUAAUCGUCAUACUAAAACACAUAUGCGUGAUAAACCAAGAAGAGGACGUAAACCUAGAAAUGCAUCUAUUCCUUCUUCAACAACAUUAUCAUCAUCAUCAUCAUCAAAAGAAGUAGUAGUAUCAACUAACUUUCCUAAUUACAAUGUGCAUCCAUAUUAUUCUAUGCCAUUGGACCAAUUAUCAUUUGUGCACAGAAAUACCACAAAUAACAAUAAUAUUGUGUAG